ACACCAUUUGUUUUUGUUAUUCUUUGGUGUGCGUAGAGAGAUCUAACUGCCGCGAAAUGCAAAUGUGAGUUAAGGAAACUGUAACAUCCAAUUAAUGAGGGUUAAAGCUCGUAAGUUUCGUAUGGACUGUGUAAACUCGAAUUGAAAUCAAAAUGAUACGCAGCCCAUGAAUAAAUGGUAAUCCGUGGUUUUUGUUUAAACAGGAACAGCAAUGACUAUGAUCUCUUCACUUGCAAUACAUCACCCACUUUUAACCAUACCUGAGGAAGACCAAUCAGCAUGCAGUGAAUGUUCUGUUCCAUCCGACUGUGAUUGUUUUACAGAUGCUCAAAAAUCAAAUGAGAAAAAAAUUACUUAUCAGAACAACAGUAAUAAUGUCAUAGGGGAAAACAAAAGACUUUUGUUGCCUGGUACUAGAAAGACAUUGUCAAACAGAAAAAAUAACAAGUAUGAUGAAACUAAAGAUAGUAUUUUUGCUUGGAGGUUAAUGACCAUUAGAGAAAAAUUAGAGGUUACCCUUUUAAAUGUAUAUCUGUCCAUAAGCAAUAUACCAGAACCAGAUGGACUGCAGGAUUUCAUAAGACGACGUCAAAGAGCAGCGGAGUUUACAUCAAGAUUCUGCAGAAAUUAUCUGUAUCAGUUUCAUCGCCAGGUGCUGGCUCUGCAACAUCGACUAAGGGAGAAGUCUUGCUGUGGUCUUCAUUAUAUUUAUAAAGCAUCAAUGUGCCAGAAACUUUUAAAUGCUUAUGAACUGGCACACCUGGCACUGCAGGCAGUUUUGAACCACAUCCCAACUUCAGUAUUAAUGUGCAUACCAAAGAAACUAAGGGAAUUUUUGAAAUUAAUUAUUGAACUUACUGAAAUUUCCUCAAAAUCAGGCGUGAUAUCUUGUGGAAGUGAAGACUCUGGUGAUGAGAUUGCAAAAUAUUGCAGAGAUUUAUUGAUGCUUAUACCUGACUCAAGUGAAAGUUUAAGCAUGCAGAAUGAAACUGAUAACAGAAUAUAUGAUAAAAAAACAUUUAGGAACUGUGGAAAAUUUCCUUUGGUGAGCAGAUUCUCUAUGUACAAUGAAAACUCAGCCAUGAAAAGAAAGUCCACAGUAAUGAGAUCUGUUUCAAGUACAAAGAAAUCAGAAGCUUCAGGAAGGGAAAGCAAAACUUCAUUGGAAAGUAAUCAGAGCAGUCACAAGAACAGCCAUUUAUCUCGAUUUAAUGAGACAUCAGUGACAAGACCAAAACCCACAAAAAAUUGUACACGGAAGAAGAAAGAGGAGCACAGCAAACUAGUAGGAAGAGUGUCAGAGAAGAAUCAUGUGCAUACUCCUUUCAAUAUGGACAAUGUCACAACAGUAAUUGAAACAAUAUCUUCAGCUAAAAGUGAGGAAAACUUCACAGAUGAGCAUAACCCAGGACUUAAUGAAAAUAUAACCAUAUCUUCAGAACAAAAUACAGAACCAAUAAGUAAUACUGCAACCACAAAUUGUCAAAAUAAACUUAAUAACAAAGUGGAAUUUCAGACAAGGAGUAAUGUGAAGCUGAUAAUUCUCCCUCCAUUUGAAGAAUCAGACAAAAUUUCUGGGGGAAGAACUGAAGGGUAUACACCCUCACAGGCAUCUAGGCAUACAGAAAAAGAGUUUGGGAAUAAUGUUUGCAAUGUUUUGAUUGAUUCAGGGCCUGUCCAAAAUAUUCAAGAUGAUCAGGUGAUGUUUCCAGUUGAGCAUACCCGUCAAUCUCCCAUGAAAGAUUAUUCACAGGAUGUCUCUUUGCCACUGCGAAGUUCAUUUGAACCUUUGCACUUGGAGAAAAUGGUAACAUAUACAAAAGGCUGUAACCAUACACACGAUACUGGACCUAAGCCUUUGAAAGAGACAUUCACUACAGAUGUUACUGAACUGGAAGGAAAGAAAUCUGUUAUGUUAGAUCCACCAGAUAACACAUUAAAUUUGGAGAAAAUGACAACGUACACAAAUGAAAAUGACUCUUAUUUGCUAGGACCAACUACUGUAUCAGGUCAAGGCUCCAGCCCCAAGCAUUUAAACAGUAUGUCCGAACCAGAGACUCAUGCAGAGCAUCAAGGAAAUGGGUCUGAGCCGUCAGACACAAUAAAUAAAAUUAAUACAGAGAUUACUCAAAAUGUAGUGUCACUGAAAAUACCUGCAGCAGAAUUGGAAUGUAUACUGGACCACAAAAGAAGAUUUAUGCAAUAUAUGAACAAUAAUCCUCUCUACAUGAAUUCAGCCAAACCUUGGGUAAUUGUGUCGAGGUUGGCAGAUACUUUGAUUUCUGAUGUAAUGCUUGAAAUUAUGAGUGAAAUUGAACUUGAAACUGAUAAAACGGUAACACAGAUGUUUCAUUUGGAACUCCAGUGAAGCACCCUUUGAUUGUCUGUAAGACCUGAAUUUCAAGGUUUUGUUCUGCCACAGCAUUGCAGUUUUAAUGUGAAUGUCAGUGAUAUAAAGAAAAUAAUUUGAGAGUA